CAGGUUUCAUAUAAACACAAACAGAAGUGACAAGCUGCAGCUGUAACAGAGGAGAAGAGAGCAGCAAGAAGAACAAGCAAGCAUGAUAUAAACAAGAUCCAAACAAAAAUACAAGGUAUAGGCGAUGCACGCUACAACAGAGUUUGUUAAGGAAUAUAAAAAGAACAGAUGGAGCUAGCAUUCAAAAUAUUCAUUGUAGAAAAGUUUAGUGGGUAUAUCGAGCACUAUAAAGUUAUUGUUACAAGAGCACUGAGGCAUAAAACUGUCAGUGACAAUAGUACAUUUAUAACAAGCGAGAUAGCUGGUAAAGUUAGCUAGUAUAAAUAUCGGCAGCUUUUCUGAAAUUAGGUUUGUUACACUACAUCAAAUACAAUAGUUUUCAUGUAUUUACUGUCCCGCUUGUCCCGAUGUAUUUGACGUCUAAAACCUGAGGGUGUCGUUGGUUUCAGAUAAUUUAUAAUGUUCUGCGAAGGGAAGGGGUACAUUCCCUGCUUUGUAGUACUACACUGCCACUCAGUGGAAGGAAUAUGCAAAAACACCAUGCCAAACUACAAAUGGAUUAAUGCUGUAGUUGUUUGGCUUCGCCUCCAGUUGUUGUUCUUACCGAUCUACAGGGCAUAUUAUUUGUUACAGAGAAAAUGAGGAAUGGUAGUGUCACACACUUGUGUGUGUGUGUGUGUGUGUGUGUGCGUGUAAAGGGGCAAAAGGAAAAGCUUCUGGGAAUGUGCUUGCUUGGUGAUAGAAAAAACAAGAUUUCCGUGCUGAUCCUGAAUGCAGCACUCGGCCUGCUGGAAACCGUGUAGUGGGUCCGUGGAUCAUCUGCGUCAGACAGGGCGGGCCUUUUCUGUGCCGCUGCUACAGGGAUACCAAGAUGGAAAUCCAGGGGCUCUCUGAUACCCAAAACAUUCAUACUCAACAUGGCGCCUCACACAGAACUAGUUUGUCUCCGCUUCGGUCAGCGACAGGGUCUCUACCUCAUUUUAUAUCUACCGAAAACGACGCGGGCGGAAUUUUGGAGUCGCCCGAGCCACAGAGUGACAACAACAACAACACCAGGCCGAGGACAUCGCCUUUUCGCCUACUGGCAGAAAAUGGCAGCGAGGUGGCUUGUUCGCCUGUCAGCAAACCGCAAACAGUCGUUAAAACUAAUUUACCAAGUUACAGAACGAAUGUCGGACUUUAUAACUCGAACACCGAGAAAGAGAAUGAGCUUAACUCGUUGCUUAGUUCGCAUGAGUUUGUCAGGACGGCUUGGAAAUACGGGGUAGAAAGCGGGGACACUGUAAUGCAAAUGGCGCUGCCCCUGUUUGAAGGGGAAGAGGAACCGUUGCCGCAGCGGCAGCCAACGUUAGCGCUUCCAGUUUUACGGCAGCAGCGUGAAGACGGCGCCGCGAAGAAGGCUGCUACAGCGAACCACUGUGCUGCUGCUUCUCCGGGGAGCUUUGACACAGCAAACAGAGGAGACAAACCCAACCAGGAACUAUAUGUAGUUUGUAAUGUCGUUCAAGGGGAUGACAACGGCGGCGAGGCAAGUAAACACCAAGCGGAUGUAUCAUGCGAAGAUGGCGAUAAAAUGAAAGGUAAAAAGCCCGAGUGCGCUAAAUCAAGUCACUGUGGCUCCAUGGAGGUUGGGAGCAGCAGUAACGUUAUUCAAUGUGAAUCAAACGAGAACUUGAACUGUCUUGAAAACCCAGCAUUGAAAAAAACUGAGCACGUUCUUAAUUUGCUUAACGACAGCUCUACCGUGCUUAGUGCUAAAGAGACUGCAUAUCACCACACUAUCGAAGACGUUGUUUUGACAAACAAAUAUGGCGAGAAGAUCUGUGGCCAGAUCUGCACUGAAAACAGCGACAGUAAACUAGGCAGAGAGUUCUCGUCGCAGAGCAGUGCUUUGAUUUCGGGAACUACAGGCAUCGUGGAAACCAUGGAUACAUCAGACUUUAUUUUGGGCUGCAAUGGGCUAAGUGCAAACCCGGUCUCUGCUUCUACAAGCCCACCUGCUAAUGAAACAUUUUCUGGGACGAUCACAAUAAACAAUCAAAGUAUCAUAGUGACCAUAGAGAAUGGGAUACUGACUCUUGCUGCCCCACCAGAGGGAUAUGUACACAAAGAGGACGAUAUGGUCAGUUUAAAGGAGCAUCUAGGCAUGAAGGACCAUGAGGAUAUUGUUCUUCUCAACUAUGACAGUGGUACUAAGUCCAUCGGGAAGAUCAGCACGCUGGCAGUAGCCAGCUCCAGCCAGCAGGAUGAGCCCAGACCUGGUUUGUCUGCCAGUGAUUCUGAGUUAGCAUUAGUGGACGACUGCUCAUUAUCAGAGCUAGGCACUUCACUGGACUCCUGUCCCAUUGUCAAACAGGAAGCAGCCGCGCUGUGUGUUGUAACAGAGGCUGAUCUGGUCACUCCACCUCCAAAAGUCACUGCAGACUGUGACAACGAGGACCUCCAGUCUGCACCACUAAUCCGGGCCAAGAAAGAUAACGUUGCCACCUUUGUAUGCCCGGAACAGGGCUGCUCCUGUACAUUUAACACGCGACAGAAGCUCAGGGUUCACCUUCUGAACCAUGCAGAGGACCCACGUCCAUAUCAGUGCGCCAUAGAGGGUUGUGGCUGGGCUUUUGCCACUUCUUACAAGCUGAAGCGCCAUCUUCAGUCCCAUGAAAAGCAGCGGCCACACACUUGCCAGUUUGAAGGCUGUGGGCGGCGUUUCACCACAGUCUACAACCUUAAGGCUCAUGUCAAAGUCCAUGAGCAAGAUAAUGCCUUCUUCUGUGAGAUUUGCAGCGAGAGGUUUCGCAGUGCCACACGACUCACCAAUCACCAGAGGGUCCACUUUGAACCUCAGAGGCCCCACAAGUGUGAAUUCCCAGGUUGUGAGAAAACCUUCAUCACCUUCAGUGCCCUGUUCUCCCACAAUCGUACUCACUUCAGAGAAACUGGCCACUUGACAUGCAACUACCCAGGCUGUGACAAGACAUACGACAAAGCCUGUCGUCUGAAAAUCCAUAUGAGAAGUCACACUGGUGAGAGGCCAUUUGUUUGUGACUCAGAGGGAUGUGGCUGGUCCUUCAUCAGCAUGUCAAAAUUGCUCCGACACAAGCGGAAACAUGAUGAUGACCGUCGAUUUGUCUGUACGGAGGAAGGCUGUGGGAAGUCCUUCACCCGGGCUGAGCACCUCAAGGGUCACAGUAUCACACAUCUUGGUACCAAGCCUUUCCAGUGCCAUGCAGAAGGCUGUAAUGCCAAGUUCUCAGCACGCAGCAGCCUCUACAUUCACUCCAAGAAGCAUAAGCAGGAUGCUAGCACCCUGAGGACUCGCUGUCCUGUCACCAACUGCUCCAAACAUUUCUCCUCCCGCAGCAGCCUUAAGAGCCACAUGCUCAAACACCACCACCUCAGUCCUGAUGUUCUCAACCAGAUGGAAACUACACCCUCCCUAACGCCCAGCAGUGAGCUCAUCAGCACCACCUCAGCAACAAUUGCAGGGACUGGUAUUACUGUGGGUGACCAACUGACCAACCUGGAUCUCAGCUCUCUGUUCUCUCCUGUCCCUGGAGGCACUGCACCCACUACUGGCAUCGGAGUGGGAAUUCCUGUGGGUGGGAGCAAUUCUAGUGGCACCUUUACGAUGGACCUCUCCUUGGUCAGCCCUGGCAUCCUAACCAUCGACCCUUCCUCAUUGGGCAACACACUCUGUACCAGCUCUGGCACCACAUUAGCCAAGGCUGUCGAUCCUCUUAUCCUAGCAGCUACCGCUGACAUGAGCUCCCACCACAGUCUGGAGGUAUCAGUGGGUGAUGUCCUGCCUCCACAAGGCACUCUCAACCUGGAUGAUGUGCAGACAGUAACUCCAGAGGCAUUGGGAUCUCUCACAGCUCUCACUAUGCAGGGUCCUGGUACCUCUGUGGACCCCGCCCUGCAGCACCCACUCAGCUCCUCUGGUUCUCUGAAUGUGGAUUCUACAGCCUCUCUUGCUGUUGCCCCUGUUGCUGAACUGUUGGGCACACCUUCAAAGAUGGUGGAGGUGGGUGGACAAGGAGGUGCAGGACCUCUUCUGGGUUGUGUGGAGGUGCUGGGACCCCAAGAGGGAGGAAAAGUCCUUACCCAGUUUGUUUUCCCCAGUCACAGCAGCAGCUUUAGUCCACAGAAAGACCCAGAACUUAACGCUGUGUCACCAAGCAGCUUCUCGGACAGUGGAGGCUCAGCCAGAACUGAUUACAGAGCCGUUCAGCUGGCCAAGAAGAAGAAACAAAAAGGAACCUCUGGGGCUUCAGGUUCAAGCCAAAGAAAGACCAAAGGAGUGAAGACUACCCCUGCACCUGUGCCACUUGCUUCUUCUGGUGCUCGUUACAAUGAUGGAACUGCAGCAACAAAUGGAUGUUUGACUCUCCGGGACCCUGUGACUGGAGCCCAGUAUGUUCAGAUUCAGCUGCUGCAGGAUGACCCUGCCAGUGAUGGAGACCUCGCCUUCCAGCUGAGCUCUCAGCCCUCCACCUCCCACUCUCAGCUCACUGUCGACUUACCCGUCAACAUUUUACAGGAACCGUCGGUGAUGACGGAGGACGAUAACGGCUCUGACAACUCCCAGUUCACAGGGAGCACAAUCAACUUACAGGACUUGGAGUGACUGCCACAGAGCACCGGGGCCAAAGAUCUGCUGCGAUGCUGGGCCUCAUCAACACCAUGUCACUCUUCAGCUUCUUUGACAAACAUCCCCUGAAGUGAUUGACUCCAUCCGACAGUUGCCUAAACUUAACCCAGAAGUUUGAAGGCCUUUUUGAACGUCCGCUUGAUGUAGUUUCUGAGCUGGGUGGAUAUGAUUCCACAGUUAAUGCACCUUGAGAGGAGGAAUUGAGAAUUGUAUGUUUAAAGUAAAUAGUUCUUUUGUCCAUUUUGUACCAAAAUCAAAGCAGAGCACUGUCAUGUCAGAGACACCUCUGUGUCCUCUUGGUGUUAACAGUUAUGGUGUCUAUUCCACAGUGCCACAUUGCCAUUCAUGCACAAACUAUGUGCCGUCUAUGCUCCAGUUGCCUUAGAGACGCCUCACGCUGUGCACGCCUCCAACGGCAGGUUAUCUUCUUUAAUUGUUGUUACCUUGGUCUGUUCUGUUUUGUUAGAUUUAUUUAUCUAUGGCAGCAGUAAGUCCAUGUUGACCACAUGUCUGUUUGUGUGUUUGUAUACAUUAUGUAUGUGAAUUAAUACCUUGUAAUAAUUUCAUUGGUUUAUUUAUUAUUUAGCUGCAGGUUUACAGAAUGGCAGAGCCAAAACAGUUGAACUAAAGAAUCGAAGCACAA